GAUACGCACACAUGCCGGCUAGAUGGUUUUGUGAAAAAUAAUUGUUUAUUUAUUUUUAAUAAGUGAUUUCUAAUCAACUGCCUUCUCAAAAUAAUGGAUAGAAACCUACAGAAGCAACUAUACGGCGUGUCGCGCGAAUCUUCUCCGAGCUUACGGAGAUAUAGCAUGCCAGCGGCAUCGGCGGACAGCACGCGAAAAUCCUUUUUUGGCGGCAACGCCGGUUGUGCCCAGCUGCCGGGAAACUUUAAAAAGACUGCCCUGACCAACAGCCGGCUUGUAUCGUCAGUGCGCUCUACUCAGUCCAUUCCCGGCAUCCGAUCUGAUUAUAAUGUGGUCGAGAGCUUCGGUUGUCCACUGCCCGUGGUGGUCAAUGAGGCACUUACCUUUGCGGGACCGGGAGCGGGCACAGUUACUGCCAAAGUGACCCAGAAUGGUUGGGCAUGGGUUGUUCAAGGCAGACGCCUACUGAUUUGGCAAUACAAAGACACAACUAAGUCCGGCUCACCACCACGUGUGGGCAAACCUGCCAGGCGUGGCGGUGGUCUAGCCCAGUGCCGGGAGCUGACUCUGCCCUACAGCGACCUGGGUCACAAGAGUGAUCUGAUUAGCGUUUUCCAGACCGAGGGCCAGCAAAUGGCCUCUUGUAUUGCGGUGUCCGCCACCGGAGAAGUUCGCUACUGGUCGUCCAUCGCACAUGAUGGAAACUCUGUCGAUCUCUCGAUCUUAACCGGUCAGGAGUUCGUGCAGCUGCUCAGUCUACCAACGCAGCAGGGCUACCUAGCCGUAACUACCACCUGCAAUCUUGUGUUCCUACGUGUGGGUCUUACCAAUGGCCGUUACACACUGCACCAUAAGACUAUCAAGCCAGCUACGAGCUUUCUCGGUGGCUUUGGCAAGAAAUUUGCUUCCAUUUUGAUUGGUAUGAACACGGGUGGGGACAAGGAUCAGGUUUUAGUUGGCAUGUGCUGCGAAAGCAAUUCCGAAAGUGGAGAAACAGUUGUGGCCGUGCUCUCGGAUCGUGCAAUACAGCGCUGGAGUCUGUCCAACAAGGGCAAUACCGAGAAUCUUAUUUACGAGGAUGGGGAAGUUGUACGCAGGAUACGUGAAGAGUUCAAAACAAAGUUCUGGAACGUCCGGCUCCCAGCGGAUAAUGUAGAGAUAGAUCUGUAUUUGCUAGACUUCCACAUGGUGAAGAACAAGGCCUAUAUACUUGCUGGGGCUGUAAAUGCUGCUCAUGCUCCACAAAUGUGCUACGCUCUGGUAACGGGAAGUGCUCAACCGGAAAGUAUGUUCCUGGAGUCGUUCACACCGCUCAAGAUCAAUAAAUUCUUCAGUGCCAAGACUGAGGAGGAUUGCCUCAGCCUGCGUUUCGUGGUAGGCAGCAGUCACAUCUAUCUGUACACGCCCAAAGUAGUCUAUCCCCUGCACUUGUCUAACUCCGUGCCCACAGCAGAACUGGAGGCAGAAAAUAUCGAAUUCCUCCUGCAUGAUGAUCGGAUAUUGAGUGCGGCUAUCUGUAGUCAGCUGCCAUUGUUCUUUAGUCGCACACAUGGUCUGGUUUCUAUUACGCCCGGCGAUUUUGAUGGUUCCGAGAUGAUGAACAUGAGCUCUUGUAACACGCCUGACUUGUACGCCCCUACUUCGAUCAAUGCUAGCUUCGGAGUUCCUGACCAGUCCGCUAUAACUGGCAGUACUAACAAUCUCCACCUGUUCGAACUCGACCCGGAUGAAAUGUACAAUGAACUUUGCGAUGAAGUGGGACAACUGAAGGCUGCCUUCCUCUACCAUCUGAAAAAGAACAACAACAUGGUCAAGACCAUUGUUGGAGAGCUGCUGCGCAGCGUGACUGGAGCCGAUCCGAAUGGUGCACCCAUGGAUGCCUACAAGUUGGAUAGAAUUGUUAUUACCAUCGCCGAGGACUUGGCCGAAGACAUUCCAAUAUCCGAUCCUCGCUGGGAGGAGGCCCUUGGGGAUCAGGAAAGCAAUCGGCAUGCCAUUGGCAGCUCGCGUUCCAUGCAGAUUAUCAAUCAGUUGAGGGACAAGAUCAUUGCUUUUCAGCAUUUCAUCGCGUUUCUACACUCCAGUGGAGUUUGGGAAAAGUUAAAUGCCAUACCUUGCGGAAGUCAUUUGCUGAAGCCCACCAGCUUUAUUCUUUCCGAUAUCAGCGAGAAGAUAGUGGCUGCUAUGGCCCUUCGAUCUUUGCAAACCAAAAUGCCCAAACUAAUUGAAGAGGCUAUUGAAGCCACCGUAGCUCUAUGGGAUGAGAAGCCUCAUGGUAGUCUAACAUACCAGGAUAUAUUUUAUGUGAAACUGUCAAAGAUACAGAACGUGUUUGAGGCCCUAGCGGACAUUGCCGACGAUCGCAUUGCUGCCCAGAGCCAGACCACCGUUUCAGUGGCUCACUUUAUCAACGACAUAAACUCCGUUGUUCUGGACAUUUUGGGACAGGUGUUUAGGCAUCGGGAACAAAAUGCCAGUAGCUUCAGGCUGAGCAACGACAAAUUAUCGUCCUACGAAAAUCUUCCUUGGACUGCGAUGGCUGGAAGUGCUGGUGUCCGUGACACUUUGACCCGCCUCAUCGACAUUAGCGUUCGCUAUGGCGGUCACUGCGUUAGCGAAACAGAGCUGAAGCAGCAGCUUUACCAGCAGAUUUUCGAACUGGUGGAUCUGGUGCUGGACGGACGAAGGACGUAUUUGGAGAGCGUGCGUGACUCAGAGAAGUUCAAUGUGCUGCAGCAGCAAUUUGAGGCUCAGCGCAGGGAACUCAUAUCAGUACUGAUCAAAGAUCGCCAGUAUGAGUACGCCGCCAAGCUGGCUGAGAAGUACUUGGACUUCCAGAGUCUGGUGCUCAUCUGCGAUGAGACGCAGGACAAAGAUCGCCUGGACGAUUACACCCGCAAAUAUGAGGAAUUUGAUUUCUCGCAGUUUGCCAUCAACUGGCAUCUGCGGCAGAAUCGACACGGCGAGGUCUUCGAACGCUUCAAGGGCAACCAGACGGCGCUGGCGCAGUUCAUGCGCGACCACCCGUCACUGGGCUGGAUCCAGCUAAUAUUCAACGGUGACUUCGAGCGGGCAGCCAAGGUGCUGUAUGAAUUGGCCCAAUGCGAAACGGAGUUUGUGGCCCGCAAGAAGUCUAUGCUGUCGCUGGCCAAGCUGGCGGCCUUCGCGGCUGCCGAUUCCGAUUUAACUGCUCAGGUGGAGAAGAUAAAUUCAGAUCUAACGCUGAUCGAAUAUCAGUCACAAUUGAGCCAUGACGUAUUGCAAAGUUUUGGUUUCGAUACAACGGAACAGAAGGUGCUCAAAGCAGAGGAGAUAAUCAACCUUAAUAUUGCCGAGGAGAACGACACGGCCUCGGAAACGGAGUUCCGUAAAGCUCUGGAGCUUCUGAGCUACACGGAGCAGCCCUACGACAUGCGGCACAAGAUCUGGUGUGCUGCCAUAAAACGCGAUAACUGGACGGACUACGACCCCAACAAUGGAGUGGAUUACAUGCAGAAGUUGCUCUUCUUCAAGAUCAUUGAAAUUUCGCAGAUGAUGGGCCACGAAUCUGAGAACUUUUUGCCACCCAUGGAGGACUUUCUGGAGAGCGUGGAGCUGGGCGAUUUGCCACAGCAGAAACCCUUCCAGUAUCUGCUAAAGCUGACCUACGAGUAUGUGGCCGACAUGUUCAGGCAGCCAGACGAUAUGGAAGUCUAAUCAUGCACCUCAAAUGUCAUUUAUUAAA